AUGGCUAGGGUGAUGAUGAGUGCAAAAAAUCUGUCUAAGAGGUUUUGGGCUGAGGCUGUCAACACAGCCUGUCACAUCUCAAACCGUGUGUACCUAAGAUUAGGAUCUAUGAUGACUUCAUAUGAAAUUCUUUAUGCUGAAGAUGAAGUUGAUGACUUAAUUGCUGAAAGAGAAACAACAGAGGAAGACACUUCUACCACAGAGAGCCCAGACACAAACAGUUCAGCCUUAAGAGAAGAAGGUGUUGAGCCAAGUGUCACCACAUCUGACUCCACACAUCCUACUGAGACUGAAUUGCAGCCAAUCUUUGAUGUCUGCAGAAAGGAACCCUCAACUGUUCCUAUCAGCUACAUUGAACCCGGCGACGAGCUGAACCCGAUUGACCCAGACAACUUUGAUUUUGUGGGUCCCUCUUCCACCGCCGGAAGAUUUCCAACGCGCCGGUCAAAGCGCACGAACCCUUUUCCAGAUCUGAACACUGCGGUGCCACAACGCCGAAGAGGAGAAAACUCUCCCCGGAGAGGAAGCAGAGGUGGAAGAAGAGGAGGCAGAGGUGGCCGCACUCCUGUUAGGUCAAAUCCACCAAGAGGUCUUCAUUUGGUGGAUGAAGAAACUGAUGAUGAAGAAGGAGACCCUACAUUUGCUGCACCACAGGCUCAAGCCUUGUCCUCCAGUUCCUCCGAGUCAUCAUCCAACAACUCACCUUCUCCAGCAUCAACUCAGGGGGAGACGUCGCAGCCCAGCAUGGCAACAGCAGCCUCUCAACAUUCUGUUCCUGAAGGUGUUGCUGCACCUGUUUCAGAAGGUGUUGCUGCACCUGUCUCUGAAGGUGUUGCUGCACAUGCUCCAGAAGAUGCUGCUGCACCUACUGUUUCAGCAAAUGUUCCUCAGAAUGCUGCUGAGGAUGCUGCCCCUUAUCAGGAUGAAGAAAUGCCUGAUUUCUCUGGAAUGUCAUCAGCAGAGCAUGUAGACAUUCCAUCUGUGGAUGCUCAAGACUUCACCACCACAGAAGAAACUCCAUCAGCACCUCAUGGAGAUCCUCUGGAAACCCUAGCAGAAGCAACAGUUCAAGCAGAUGCAUCUCCUCCUCAGGCUGAAGAUCCAGAGAAAAGUGAUGAUAGCUGGGAGGUUCCUCUAACUGUUUUUCGCAAGAAUUUGCCUUCCUCUGAUUCUGACAGUGAAUCCUCUGAAGACUCUUCUCAACAGGAAGAAGGUGUUGCCCCACGUGCUGCAUCACCUGAACCAGCAUAUGUCCCUGAUGAGCUUGAAGAUUCAGAAGAUGAUGAUUCCUCAGAAGAAGAAGAACCAGACCUGGAUGGGAAGAACUUGUCAACCCCUUUUGAGGUAACAAAUGCCUUCAGUCCUAAUUUCUAUUUUGAGUCUGAUUCACUGUUGAGUCCUCAAGUCAUGAAUUGUCAUUUCAUUGAGGAAAAGAAAAUUUCUAAGGAAGAAUUUGAUAGGCAUAGGAUAACAGCUUUUCUUCACCAAAGAAAAAUCCUUAACCUAGUUGAGAUUGCCUGCUCUUAUGAUCCCUUGGUUGUGAAGGAGUUUUAUGCCAACUUGCAAACCUCAUUUUUAAAGAAAAACUCUCCAAAUUUUGGUCAAAAUAACAUUGGUACUGAGGGUGUUGCACCUCAUGUUGACAACACUUCUAACCUUCUUGUGUCUGUUCCUAGAGAUCUUCUAUUGCAGCAGCUUACUCAUUCUCUAGCUCAGAUUACCUAUCAUCAGUCCAUGGUGGAGAUGAUUCAGAAGGCUCUUUCUGAUCAAAAAGGGGGAGAAAAAGAUCAUGAAACUGAAGCAGGAACAUCUCAUCCUUUGGAUGCUAGAGGCAGAGAGCAAGGAGUCAAUGAAGAGGAAGCAAAGAAAGAGGGGGAAGCUCAAGAAGAAAGCAGUGGAUCUAGUGAUGGAGGAGGAGCAGCAGCCGAAACUGAGGAGACCUUGGAGACUUUGGAUAUUUUACUUUAG